AUGGUAUCUUUAACAAAGAAAAUAUCAAGUCUUACUUCCAGGUCUGGAGAUUCAGAUAUUGAAGUUCACGAUAUAAAAAAUAAUUACUUAGAAACUGUUGAAUCUGGAGAUGAAACCUCAGAAUCCGAAAUUCAAGUGAAUGAAAAUGGUGCACCAGUUGAAAAAGUCAAUCCGUUAGGUUACAACAUUGGUUAUGCCUCGCUGAUUUAUCUUGUGGUAUCUGGUGUUAUUGGUACUGGUAUUUUCUCAACACCCGGCACUAUUUUGAAGCAAAUUGGGUCUAUUGGUGGUGCAUAUAUUCUCUGGGUAGUUGGUGCUAUCAUAGCUACAUUAAGAAUCCUGAUUUAUAUUGAAUUUUCAGUUACUAUGCCAAAUAGAUCCGGUGGUGAUACUGCUUACUUAGAACAAGCCUAUCCAAGACCACUUUUCUUGAUCCCAAGUGUUUAUGCAGCUGUCAACGUUAUUUUAUCAUUUUUAAAUAGUUCUGCAAUUGCUUUUGCUCAGUAUAUUUUGAAAGCAGCUGAUGUUGAAGUAACUACAUGGCGCCAAAGAGGUCUCGGGCUUGGAAUUCUGACCUUCACUUGUGUCUUAUCAGCUGUUAGUACUAAAUGGUCUUUAAAAUUAUCAAAUGGUCUUGGUCAUGCUAAGAUUAUAACACUAUUAUUCAUCUCAAUUACUGGCUUUGUUGUUUUAGCUGGUGGCACAAGCGUCAAAAAUCCAACGGCUAAUUUCCAUAAUGCAAUGGAUGGUGCUACACAUGAUCCAAACUCAAUUGCUAAUUCAAUCAUCAAGAUAUCUUUUUCAUAUGGUGGUACAGGUUAUGCUUUCAAUGUUGUCUCUGAACUUAAAGCCAACAGACGUUAUACUGGCUACACAAGAGUUGUUCCAAUUACGUUUUUUUUCAUUUUCUUAUUAUACAUUAUGACAGUCACAGCUUUCUAUUCUGGUGGUGGUACAUUAGAUGAGAUUAAAAAUUCUGGUGUUUUAACUGCUUCCUUAUUUUUCGAAAAUGUUUUCAAGACUAAAGCUGCUACAAAAGCAUUGAGUGUUUUGGUUGCCCUAUCAGCAUUUGGUCAUUUAAUUCCAGCUGUUAUUUCUCAUUCGAGAUCUUUAAGAGAAUGUGGACGUCAAGGUGUUCUACCUUUUAAAAGUUUUUGGGUCUCUACUAAACCAUUUGGUACCCCAUUGGGGCCAAUCCUGGUAACCUGGAUAGUUAAUACUAUUGUAAUGUUAGCUCCACCUGCUGGUGAUGCGUAUAAUUUUGUGAUUGAUUUAGGAUCUUAUACUGGGCAUGUCUUUGAAAUUUUAUUAGCAAUCGGUCUUUUAAGAGUUAGAAAGCAAAGAAAAGAUCUAGGUUUACCACCUGUGAAGUUCAGAGCUCCUUUAGUCAUUAUAAUUAUACAACUUUUAUUCCAAGUAUUUGUCAUCAUUAUGCCACUGGUUCCACCAAAAGCCAAAGAUGGAUCAAUCAAUUUGAAUGGUGGUGAUGUCAGUUUCUUCUAUGCUACAUAUUGUGUUGUAUCUGUUUCAUUGUUGUCAUUAUGUGUUCUUUAUUAUAUUGUUUGGCAAUUUAUUAUUCCUCAUUUCAAAGGUUAUAGACAUAGGGUUGACCGCUAUAAACUGGAGAAUGGAGAAUUAGGUAACAGGGUUGUGAAAAUACCAGUAGGUGAAUUAGAAGAAUGGGAUAAUGUACAUGGUAAAUCCGUCAAGCUCAAUGAUUUAGGUAAACAGGCCGUUAAACGUGUUGAUAUAGUCACCGAUGAGCAGUCUAAAGAUAGCCUGAGACAUAGAGAUGUUUAA